GCUCUGAUGAAUCAUCCAGAGUGUCCGUAAUUGCAUUGUGAACCACAUGCCUAUUAUGUAAGGGGUUUAGUGAAAUCUCUGUCCUAGGACCCCAGGGGAUAUGUAGCAUAGCACAGCCAACUUCUGCUAGCCCUCAGAAAUGGCCAGUGCCUAUCAUUCAUGUGAGGAAAGUCUGUGAUCUGAGUGCUUUAUAGGAGUCAGAAGCACAGCUUGCACACUGAUCUGUCUGGUCAGUAUGAUUCCUAGGACAAACAGCUGACUCAAUGUGUGCACCACUAGGCAUUGCCACUGCUGGGAGAAACUGCAGAGCAGAUCCUGGUCUAACCGCUGUGCUGAAAAUGCCUCAUUCAUUCAAAUUCCUUCUGCUCGUCUUCUGCCUCGUCCUUCUCACCGAAAGUAAAAAGCAUCGAAGGAGGAGAUGGACAAAUCAGAUGGAUGUGCAAAAGCAGGCCAGCCAUGUAUAUAAAAAGAAUCACGAUCUUACAAAACUUCGAAGAAGUAAAAAUGACCAGCUGCUCAGAGUGAACGAUCAUGACUUCUCUAUGAGACCUGCAUUUGGAGGCCCUGCAAUUCCUGUUGGGGUUGAUGUACAAGUUGAGAGUCUGGAUAGUAUUUCAGAAGUGGAUAUGGACUUCACUAUGACACUGUACCUGAGACAUUACUGGAAGGAUGAGCGGUUGUCUUUCCCGAGUAGCACCAACAAGAGUAUGACAUUUGACAGUCGACUUGUAAAGAAGAUAUGGGUGCCUGAUGUCUUUUUCGUUCAUUCAAAAAGAUCUUUUAUACAUGAUACAACAACAGAUAACAUUAUGCUACGAGUAUAUCCAGAUGGACAGGUUUUAUACAGCAUGAGGAUCACUGUGACAGCAAUGUGUAACAUGGACUUUAGUCGUUUUCCUCUGGACACCCAGACCUGUACCCUGGAGCUCGAAAGCUAUGCAUAUACUGAUGAAGAUCUGAUGCUCUACUGGAAGAAUGGAAAUGAAUCCCUAAAAACAGAUGAGAAGAUCUCACUAUCUCAAUUCCUGAUUCAAAAAUUCCAUACUACGUCUAGACUAGCCUUCUACAGUAGCACAGGGUGGUACAACCGGCUGUAUAUUAAUUUUACACUGAGACGUCACAUUUUUUUCUUCCUACUGCAAACAUAUUUCCCUGCAACUCUUAUGGUCAUGCUUUCCUGGGUCUCAUUCUGGAUAGAUCGCAGAGCCGUUCCUGCCAGAGUUUCCCUUGGUAUAACAACAGUGCUGACCAUGUCAACUAUCAUUACCGGAGUGAACGCCUCCAUGCCCCGAGUAUCAUACAUUAAAGCUGUUGAUAUAUACCUGUGGGUUAGUUUUGUGUUUGUUUUUCUAUCGGUGUUGGAAUAUGCUGCUGUCAAUUACUUGACUACAGUGCAAGAGAGAAAAGAGAGGAAGAUGAGAGAUAAGUUUCCCUGCACAUGUGGGAUGUCUCACACAAAGACAAUGAUGCUGGAUGGAGUGUAUGGUGACCCUGAAACCAACAGUUUGGCUGGAUACACUAAAAGUCCCCCGGCCCCGGAAGACGUAGAGAAGCAGGACAAAAUGGUGGUGCAUUUGACCUUGAGUCCAAAGUCUAGUACCGCCAGGAAAAAAGCACGCAAGGGCCACGUUGGCUUGCGGCUGAUGCAGAAUACCCACGCAAUUGAUACAUAUUCAAGGAUGAUCUUUCCAGGGUCCUUUAUCUUUUUUAACUUGAUAUAUUGGUCUGUGUUCUGUUAAUAAUUGUAGUGAAGGACUCUCUUCACAUUUAAGACUCUUUCACCAUGUGAAUAAUGGGAAUGUGGGAUCUAGACUAAAUGCCUUUACUAUUUUAUAAUUGCUAAUUAUGAUUGCUGUUAUCCGUUAAAAGAACAAAUACCUCAAUAAAAUGGUAUGUUACUUUACAACUAUAAAAUAAAAAUGCCCUAAUGCAAUCUAAUUUACAUUUUUGCAUUUACAAUUUUUGACUGGAAUGAUUUUUUUUAUUUUUACAUUUGCUGUUAGAAUAUGUAUGUAUUUCUGGCGUCUUUAUUGAACAUAAUCAACAAAGGACCCCAUGUGGAGACAAAUUUCUAGUCCAUCAAUUAAAUAGAUUCUUAAAUACAAACACUAAGGCCCCUUUCACACUGAGGAGUUUUUCAGGCGGUUUAGCGCGGGGGCUUUUAAACUGAGGCGAUG